AUGGACGAAGAACAUUUACAACAAAGCUUGGAACAGUAUAAAGAACAAUUUCUCCAGAUCCAGAAUGUUUUGCAGAAUGUAGGGGAAGAAGGUCAAGAUGAACUUGUCAAGCUGAGGGACGAUCUUGUAGAACUUAUUCAAGUAUCAGAAGAGAGUCUUUUAUCUCUCAAGAAAAGCAGAUUACUUCAGUUGCUUGACAGUAAGGAAAGUGAACUCAGAGCAGAUCGUCCUGAAACUUUUGAUGAUAGGCCUGGUUUAAAUGAUUCCGAAAAUGAUACUGAACUUGGAAAAAAUGAAGACUCAGUUGAGAUUGAAGAUGACAUCACUGGAAUGAAAUGUCGCAUAUCAUACUCACAGGACUGGGGAGUAAUGGAGCAACACAAUGCUAUGGUUUUUGAUGCAGAUACAGUUGCAUUACCUGAUGGUAGAGAAGAAACUAAGGUGAGAGUGUUAUUUAUGAACCCCACCCAUAAAUCCAUGGUACCCUGCCCUUAUUUCCUGGACAGCAAAUGCAAAUUUGAUGAUGACACUUGCAGAUAUUCCCAUGGUUAUGUGGUCUCUAUUGAUGAUUUGAUGUCAUUCAAAGAGCCAGACUUCAGCCAAGUACAGUGUGGUCAGUGUUGUUUGGCUAGAUACAAUGAUGGAGUUUGGUACAAGGCCACCAUUCAGUCAAUAGAUCAUGAGGCUCAUACAUUUGUUGUUCACUAUGAUACAUACAACUCAGAUGCUACACUAGGCAUAACUGAGAUACUUCCUUUAGACCAAAGAGAUUCUGAGAAUGUGUCAGACAGUGAUCUUUCAAGUUUGUCUAGUGACAAUGAGGAGGUUGAUGAAGAUCAGGUUGCUGUAGUGCAGCUGGCAUGCAAACCAUCAGGGGGUCCUGUUUGUCUCGGAGAGUGGGAACAACACACAAAAGGCAUUGGUUCAAAGCUUAUGACCCAAAUGGGUUAUGUGUUUGGCAAAGGACUUGGAAAGGAUGGAAGUGGCAUUGUAGAGCCAGUUGAAGCAGUUGUAUUACCUCAAGGAAAGUCACUUGAUCAGAUAGCAGAACUCAGAGAAAAAAACAAACUGCCAAAAGUAGGAGGGAAGAAGAGGCAAAAACCAUCUAAAGUAAAAAGUGUUAAGUUACCAGAAAGAGCAUCUGGUAGUGACAUAUUUGACUUUAUCAACAUAAAACUUGGUGGCAAGAAAGGAAAUAUUCAUGACAUAAGAGUUCCUGUUCCUGGGACAAGUGCAAGUGAAUUUGAGGUUAAAGACACAGGAAAGAAAAAGAAGGGAGAGGAUAAAAAUAUAAAUUGGAAUUUACAGUUAUUUAAGAUACAUGAGGAUAUAUCAGCUGUCAAGAAGCAGUUGAAGAAAGAAGAAAUGGCUCUGAGUAGACAUCAUGAAAAGGAUAACAAAACAGCCUCGCACUUUAGAGGGAAAGUUGAAGGCAUCAAGGCACAUCUAUCUCGACUACAUGACAGAGAGAAACAUAUACAGCAGAAACUACAUCAUAGCAAGAACCAUAAAAAACUCACUGUGUUCUAAUGAUCUCCACAUUCUGUAAACAAAAAUUGUAUACCUCUAAAAUAAUCACUAUAUGCCACAUGUCAACAAGUCUUAUUUUAUUGCAAUAGAUAGUUCUAAGAUUGAACCUUGGGGAUGCAGACACAUGGACAGUUCUUUUUCUAUACCAGGCAACAUUUAUGAGUAGAAGGCAAGAUCUUCAGAGUGCCAAUCAUAUGUAAAAGUCUACAUAAGUGUCACAAGACAUAGAGAAAAUUCCUGUAGAUGUUCCAAAAAAUUUUGAAGGUGCCUUGGAGAGUUGAUCCCAACAGGUCUUAUAGAACUCUGGGUGAAGAAAUGUUGUAAUUAUCUUAAUGUUAAGGAAACAUACCCUGUCCAUCUAUAACAUUGAUUUAAGGUUCAAACUAUGUCAGAUAGGCUGUAAUAGCUUGAAUUUCUUUUAAAUGAAUGAAUAACUUUAUUCAAAGAGGGAGACACAAUAACCUUUUACAGUUUUCUAACUUAUGGCCCUCUCUUGCAAGGUGUAAGCUUGCCCAAGCUCAUACAUCUUAAUCUACUGGUGGAAGAGUUCUGUAGGAAGAUAGAAGAUUCUGAGCUUGUUUUACCAAAAUUAGACUUCACUAAUGUAUUAAAUUUACACGUCUUGCUUA